AUGUCUGCAAGAAGAAGAGGUGCCAAACCCAAGGCUCCGUUAAAAUUGGUGGGUAAGAAGGAUGCAGACCAACUUAUUGAGGCGUUGAAACUUUAUGAAGCCAAGGAAUAUAAAAAAUCUGUAAAGAUUCUAGAUAUAAUCCUCAAGAAAGAUCACCAAAACAUCGAUGCUCUUACUUUGAAGGGGUUAAAUCUUUUGUCUCUCAGUGAAAAAGAUGAAGCUGCUCUUUAUGUCAAGAACGCAACGGGUAAAAUUGAAGGAACUAAAGCAUCACCUAUCUGCUGUCAUCUUCUUGGAAUUUACAUGAGAACAACUAAGGAUUAUCCUGCAUCUAUUAAAUGGUUCAAAGCUGCAUUAGAAAACGGAUCCUCAAAUAACCAAAUUUACAGAGAUUUAGCAACCUUACAAUCUCAGAUCGGAGAUUUUAAAGCAGCCUUGGUUUCCAGGAAGAAGUACUGGGAGUCCUUUAUGGGCUAUCGUGCUAAUUGGACAUCCCUGGCAAUUGCGCAAGAUUUGAAUGGAGAAAGACAACAAGCUAUCGGGACACUUUCUCAAUUUGAAAAACUAGCGGAAGGAAAGAUUAGUGGUGCCGAACUAUACGAGCAUAAUGAAUGUUUGAUCUACAAGAACGAUAUAAUGUUUAGACAAGCUGGCGCUAAUCCUGAUAAAUUAAAGAACGUCUUAAAGCAUUUGAACGAUAUCGAAGCAAAUGUAUUUGACAAGUUUGCAUUACUUGAGAGAAAAGCAUCAAUUUAUAUGAAGAUGGGUGAAUUAAAAAAAGCCUCUAUUGUUUACAGACACUUGAUUAAAAGAAACCCAGAUAAUUUCAAAUAUUACAACCUUUUGGAAGUUGCCUUGGGCGUUAAAAACAAUAAUAAAUUGAGAAAAGCUAUAUAUGAAAAACUCCAACAGUUCUAUCCAAAUUGUGAACCCCCAAAGUUUAUUCCAUUAACUUUCAUUCAGGAUGAAGCUGAACUAACCAGAAAGUUGAAAGAGUAUGUAGUUCCUCAAUUGAAACGAGGUGUUCCUGCUACAUUUUCGAACGUAAAGCCUUUAUAUAUUAAAAGGACUAAUGCAGUGGCUCCAAAGUUACAGAACAUUGUUCUUGAAUAUUUUGCUACUCUUGACUCAACAAAAGACCCAAUUCCUUAUAUCUGGACAUGUUAUUACUUGGCUCAACAUUUCCUAUUCUUAAAGGAUGUCCAAUCAGCACAAGAGUAUAUUAAUAGAGCGAUUGUUCAUACCCCAACUUUGGUGGAAUUUUACAUUAUGAAAGGCCGUAUUUUGAAACACAUGGGCUUAUUAGACGAGGCAGCUGCAACAUUGGAAGAAGGAAGACAACUUGAUUUCCAAGACAGGUUUAUUAACUGUAAGACUGUCAAAUAUUUCCUGAGGGCCAAUAAUAUUGAAAAGGCUGUUGAGAUUGCUUCUGUAUUUACCAAAAAUGACAAUGCGCCAAAUGGUAUUAAAGAUUUACAUGUAGUAGAAGCUUCUUGGUUUAUUGUAGAACAAGCAGAAGCUUACUAUAGAUUAUAUUUGGAAAACGAAAAGAAAUUAGCUGAAUUAACAGAUGCUGAUGAUGAAGAAGAAGGAAAAGAGAAUGGUAGCUCUAGGAACCAAUUAGAAUGGGACUCUCAAAAAUACCAAGGUUUGGCAUUAAAAAGAUUCUAUGCCAUUACGAAAUUCUAUAAACAAUUCGAAGAUGAUCAAUUGGAUUUCCAUUCCUAUUGUAUGAGAAAGGGUACUCCAAGAGCUUACUUAGAAAUGUUAGAGUGGGGUAAGACGUUAUACGCCAGACCAAUGUAUGUUCGUGCUAUGAAGGGUGCAGCUAAAAUAUAUUUCAAUAUUAAUUCUAAGAGAAAGGCCAGCCAUUCACUUGAAACAUCUGAUGAUACAACAACUCAUAAUACUAAAAAACUAAAGAAGGAAUCUGGGGCCUUGAAGAAAAGAAAAGAGAAAGAGAGACAAUUGGUCGCAGCAUACCCAGAUGAUGAGGAUAAGGAUGUUUUUGGUGAAAAUUUGAUCAAUACAGAAACUCCAUUGGAGUCAUUUAACAAGAAUUUCUAUUCCGAUUACUGUAAGGAGGUUAGAGAGACCGAAAAGGAUUACGUCCUAGAUUUUGAGUAUGAAUACGCUAACGGUAAAUUAGUUCUUUGCUUCAGUGCGUUAUCAAAGUAUGGUAAGAUAUAUGGUACUGAGGAUGCUAUCUUUGGUGCCAUGGCCGUCACAUUAAUAUUGGCAACGAAACAAUCAGCAGUAUUUGAUGAUAUCGCGAAGAAAGUGGUUACUAGAGCAUUCGAGACCGAUUAUCCAUCAUUUCCAAUAAACGAGUCAUCAAACGAUGGUUUUGAUUGGUUGAAGUACUUCAGCGAUAAAUAUGGGACAAGUAAUAUGGAAUCUCUUCUAUUUUUAAAGAGAAUGGACUCUCUUGAUAUGGGACAAAUUAUUACGUUGAUUCAAAAGAAUCUUCCAAAUUACGAACCAUACGUCCAAAAGAACAUAACUCAAUACGAAUUAUAA